AAUCACUAGUAUAUGUAAGCCGAUGUAUGUAAAGCAGGAACGCACGUGAACGCUUACAUAGCCGAUAACUUUACAGUAUGAACUAGUCGCGUUAGUUUUCAAGUGAGGUGUUGAUAUUGUUAGGAUUCAGUUAAGCAUUAAAAGGCGCACAAAAAUAAACAAAUUAAAUUUUAAUGACAAGAGAUAUUUAAACAAACUAACUUUUAAAGAUAAUUGUGUUGCAUUGAGUGGAUGAAACAAGAAGAUUCAGUUUCAUAUUGUUCAUGUCUGCGGUUGUCUCUAUGAUUUAGAAAGUAGGUAUUUGAGAUGCAAUAUUGUUGGACAGGACCUCAAAGUAAAGUGUAACUAGGGACUUUUUUUUGUUGCUUCAAACAUGGCCUUACUUCGUCAACUGUGCAUCAUCGCGUCGCAACUGACAGUUGUGUUGUCAAGUGCAGGAAACAUUUGGACGUACAAAGGUUCACUAGGUCCGGAACACUGGCACCUGGACUAUCCGCACUGCGGGGGCAUACGACAGUCCCCCAUCGACCUGCAGACUCGAGAUGUUAUCGUGGACCAGACAUACCUGUCCCCACUCUACUUCUCCGGCUACGACCGCGUAUCUAACCUUGAUUACACGCUUGAGAACAACGGUCACACCGUGCAGGUGGGCCUAAACGACAAAACGAUGAUGAUAUCCGGAGGAGGCUUAGGGGCCACGUUUGUCGCCGAGCAGUUCCAUUUCCACUGGGGUGCAGUUGAUGAGCGGGGCUCAGAGCACUCUCUCAAUGGCCGUCACUUCCCCAUGGAGAUGCACAUCGUUCACUACAACAAGAAGUACGGUAAUUUCUCGUCAUCUCUCAACAAAACGGACGGUCUGGCAGUGCUUGGCUUCUUCUUUGAGAUUGGAAGAUUCAACGUCCAUUUCGAAGAAAUCAUCGAACAUUUUGGUGACAUCCAGUUCAAAAAUCAGCAAGUCAAUAUCAAAUCCAUUCCCAUGAUAGACCUGAUGCCUGCCCGUCUAACCAACUACUACCGCUACGUCGGCAGUCUAACCACGCCCCCUUGCUAUGAAAGUGUCAUAUGGACCAUUUUCAAUGAAACCAUUGAAAUAGCUGAGGAGCAGUUGGAAGAAUUCCGUACAACGAUCUUUGAGAACGACAGGAGCGAAGGCGGCGUUUCCAUAGAUAUUUCUGAUGACUACCGGCCCGUCCAGUGCAUGUUCCGGCGCCGACUGUACGCCAGCCACCCAUCCCUUAAAUUCGACAUGGCGACCCCACGAGAAACCGGAAAUGGCGGUGUCUCCAAUCAAUCGAGCCGUCUCCUUUUCUUCACGUGUUUGAUUUUCUUACGACUUUUGCUACCAAUUUUCUCUUUGAAAAUUGCUCUCUAACUAUGAACAGUCCACGCCCAUUUAUGCUCAAUUGUAUUAUUUUUACCUCUGUUGUUUUAAGCAGGAGUUGCUUGUAGGAUGUAUUAACACGACUUACAAUUAUUUCUUAACGUUAAAAUGUCGGAGAUAUACAUAAAGAACCGUUCAAUAUUGAUACUGCGUGGUAUAAGGUACCGUCGGGAUUGUAUUUUGAAAUGAAGAUCUUGGACUUUCUUUUGACAUUCAAGAAAGUGUUUGAUCUUAACAAACUAAGACUCAAAUACAUAGCUAUAGUGUGCGAGUUGAUAAACAACAAUCAUUGAGACGUAUUCUGAGAAAACUGGGCAUAAUGCAUGUGCGUAAAGUGUCGUCCCAGAUUAGCCUGUGCAGUCCGCACAGGCUGAUCAGGGACGACACUUUCCGCUUUUAUGGUAUUUAAAGUUUCAAGAAAGUCCCUCCUUACCGAAAAUCAAGUUUAGGCGGAAAGUGUCGUCCCUGAUUAGCCUGUGCGGACUGCACAGGCUAAUCUGGGAUGACACUUUACGCACAUGCGUUAAGCCCAGUUUUCUCAAAACAAGGCUCAUUUAAACUUACCAUCGCGAUGUGAGAAGAACGAUAAACCACAUUAAUAAACCCAUUUAUGCCUAGUGGACUCUCCCAUCCUUCUAAAUUGGAUCAAUUUAUUUCCAAAGUUAUGGAUGUCUAGUACAUGUAUGUCUAUAUUUAGAAUAUUUCUUACUGAAAUAUUUUAAGCAAACAGCGAAGACCCUGAUGAGACGCCGCAUCAUGCGGCGUCUCAUCUGGGUCUACGCUGUUUGCCAAUGCCUUUUUUCUAGACGAUAGGCAUAAAUGGGUUAAUUCAUUUGUAUACGACCUUUCUUUCAUUACUUCUGAUUCAAGCAAUGCAGUUGUGAAUUACUGGCAUACGAAUGCGCACUUAAACUGAUAGAACAUGUUCAUCCAGGAAAGGUUUGAGUUGGUUUAUUGACCGCCGAUUUACGACUCAAAUACCGUUGAAAACGGCGAAACACCCAACAAAAACAAUUCAAAAUUGCCGACCACCUCGAUGUUUUCCAUGAUAUUUUAAUUAGCAACGUGCACAAAGCUGUCAACAAAAAGUCUAAUACAUGUAGGCAUACUGUGUGAAUAUAUUAUAUACGUUUGCGCAGGCAAUUAGCGAGAUUUAUAAUGUGCGCGUAGGUUUAGUGUCUAUCGACAAUAUAGGUAUAGUACCUUUACAUAAUCAUAUACAAAUAAUCCAUUAUAUGUCUAACUUACGCAGAUUUGUAAAUACGUCUUUAUAUAAAUGUAUACUUUUCUUUUACAGUCUGUGAUUUAAUGAACCUUUUUAUUCGCCCGUUUGUUUAAAACGGUCUAAUAGUGGGAACACAUGAGGCGGGCGGGCGGGCCUACUGUUACUAGGAGGGCGAUGUCAGUGUCUAAAAAAAGUAAAGAUUGGAUCGCCAUAAAACUUGGCGAUUAUGCGGGUCGGUUUAUCUCGACAAAAUUUAACAACAGACAGAUCACCUGUAUCACUCCUUUAAUGUGGCACUUGAUUCCAAUUUGCCAUAGUUAAUGUUAUCUAAGUUAUGUUAUCUCAAAUAUAUUCUGGUAUCACUCUGCAUUAAGCAAGCGUGAUACAAGUUUAGAUGUGGCAACAUUAAAUAGUGUUUUUUGCUUGGAAUAAAAUUGAGGAUCAACAGGUAAAGAUAAACCUGUCUGAAACUAAAAUAUAAAAUAAGAUAAAGUGUUGCUGCCAAAUGUGUUCUGCCUGGCUUGGGUUUGGCAUUCAAAUCGUGCGUUAACUUACAUGGAGACAUAGAUUGGGAUUGAAUUGGUGCAGGGUCUGUAAUUAAGGCCAAUGUCACUGCUGCUUAACAUAGCAAAAUGGUUUCCGCUCAAAAACUAAGAGCAAAGUGUUACACAGAAAUUGUGUGUGUACGGAGCUAACCUUCAGAUCUAGGUUGAGAUAACAAGCAUUAAAAAGAGCGUAUUUUGUGGCAAGUUGGAACUUAUUAAAUAAUGUCUAUUUAACUUGCAAACUUUGAUAUAGCGAGUAAACUUUUACACUUUUAUUUUGAUUGUAUCGGGUUUAUAACAAGAACACACUUUCAUUAUUUUGAGAUUAGGACUCGAUUUAAUUAUUUCCAUAGUGUUAUUUUACUGUUGUAUUGUGUGUGUUUUCUAAAUGUAUAUAACCGUGUGAUGAUAUUCGCAUUAUAUGAUUUACUUUUUGUCGUCAACUUUAUUGCUUAUUUUAAUUGUAUACAUAUUAUUUAUAUCAAUGAUGUUUACCGUUAAGACUUACAGUUCUCAACCAAGUACUGUAUAUAAACAUUUUUGGACAGUUGUCAAUUGAUAUAUCGUUUACUUUCGUUUUCUCGAUUUUUGUAUACGAUUAACCGUGUGCAUGUGUUAAAUACUUUUCCAUUAAUAAAUCCAUAUGGUAUCGUCGUUUA